AUGGUGCCAGUUCCAGAUGAUCUUCCAGAGAUGGAAUACAGAUAUCUAGGCCCAUCUGGUCUUCAGGUAUCUGCCAUCUCUCUCGGUGGUUGGCUUACUUAUGGCGGACAUGUUGAAAAUGAAAACACUUUCGCUUGCAUGAAAGCGGCCUAUGAUGCCGGAAUCAACUUCUUCGAUUGUGCCGAGGGAUACGCAGGCGGAGAAUCCGAACGAGUAAUGGGUGAAGCCAUCAAGAAAUUCGGCUGGAAAAGAAAUGACAUUGUGAUUUCUACAAAAAUAUACUGGGGCCAAGCCAACGGCGAGAAAAUCGUCAACAACAUCGGUCUCUCGCGCAAACGUAUCAUUGAAGGCACCCAUCUUGCGCUUGAGCGUCUACAACUCGACUAUGUAGACCUCAUCUAUGCUCACCGACCUGAUCGCGCUUGUCCCAUGGAAGAAACCGUCCGAGCAUUCAACCACCUCAUCAACACCGGCAAAGCAUUUUACUGGGGAACCUCUGAAUGGACCGCCGCCGAAAUCGCCUCCGCGCACGCCGUCGCCCACCGCCUCAACCUCAUCGCCCCCAUAAUGGAACAACCCGAAUACAACCUCCUCUCGCGGGCCAAAGUCGAAGGUGAGUUCCUCCCCCUCUACAACGAAUUCGGACUCGGCCUCACCACCUUCUCCCCCCUAAAAUUUGGUUUCCUAACCGGAAAAUACAACACCGGCAUCCCCUCCGACUCGCGUCUGGGCACCUCAUCAGACAACUUCGCCGCGCGCACCAAAGCGCGAACCGGCGACGAAUCCUGGAAAGCCGACAUAGCCGCCGUGGAAAAACUCAUGCCGGUCGCAGAGAGACUGGGUAUCAGUAUGGCGAAUUUGGCCAUGAGUUGGGUGCUGAAGAAUGAGAGGGUCAGUAGUGCGAUUACCGGGGCGAGUAAACCCGAACAGGUGUUUGAGAGUGUGAGGGCGCUCAGGAUUAGAGAGAAAUUGACGCCUGAGAUUAUGGCGGAGAUUGAUGAAAUUUUGGGAAAUAAACCCGAGGCGUUGACAAAGAGGUAUGUUUAG